CUUCCUUCUUGCUCCUCCACCUUCUCCCCUCACAACCCUACGACUUUCUCCUUCAACGGUCCCUUGUUGUCUCUCCCUUCGAUACCAACUCCCACUGAGACGUUCAACUGCUUUACACGAUACCCACGCUGCACAACCGAGUACGGGUUACUGUGCUUUGGAUAAAAGUUACAAAAAAAAUCACUUAACUGUUUUUUCAUAGCGAGCCAUCAUGACGCUCUACUAUUCUUUGGUAUUUGUCUUACUCAUGGUAGAGAUGGCAGUCUACCUUCUCAUGGUCUUACCGGUCCCGUACUCCCCGAGGAUGCGGUUUUUCACCUGGAUUUCGACGAGUGCAGUUGUGGGAAAGAUACAGUACUGUCUUAAGAUUACCUUCGUCUUCAUCUUGAUCCUGUUCGUCGACUCCGUCAACCGCGUCUACCGUGUUCAGUCCGAGCUCUCGGAGAGUAAACAUAUGGGAGGUCAAAGCGUUAUGGGACAUGAACGCAUGGAGGUUCAGGCUAGGAAGUUCUAUUCUCAGCGUAACAUGUACCUUUGUGGAUUCACUCUCUUCUUGUCUUUCAUCCUUGAUCGCACCUACGCUUCGACUCUUGAGAACUUGCAGCUCCAUACCACUGUUAAGCAGUUGAGGGGCGAUAAUGCAAAGCUGGCUGAAGGCGGUGCUGAUGAACUUAAGGAGCAAUUGGCCGCCGCAAAGAGAGAUACUAAGGUUAUGAGGAAGCAGGCGGAAGGGUUGACCAGAGAGUUCAAUGCGUUGUCUGACCGCUAUGCCGAAGCUACUGGUGGAGAGAGAGUUGCCAAGAAGGAGCUCUAGGUUUGGAGCAUGCAGGCUAUGGAGAGGGAAAAAAGACCUUUAUCUCCUGUGUUGCAGUUAGCUAGCAAUAGUGAUGGUAAGGAGGGCAUUUUAUAAUUAUUUGUGCGGUUUGAGGGUUCGAAAAUUUGCUUUUGGCUCAUUGGGUGUUUAUUGCUUGUGACUGGGGCUUGUUCUUCACGUUUUUUUUGUUUCCUGGGAGUGGCUUGGUGCGAGGCUAUGGGGGUUCGAUUUCAUAUCCUUGAGCUCUAGAGCGAUUAAGUGAAUCCGACGUGGUUGCCCAGUCUACGGUUAUGUGAGGCUAUCGCAGAAUAGUUUGUUUUGAGCAUUUAUUAUGUCGUUAGUGGAACUCGA